AUGUCAGCAGAUCUUGAUGUGCAAAAGUUAGCCGAUAGUGCUUAUGGCUUAGAAAAGUUGUUAGAAUUAGAACAAGUUUACUUGAAACAUUUUGAUGCCAAAGUUGGUUUUGAACUAGGUUUGAAAGCCAAAGAAUUAGUUGAAAAGCUAUAUCCAGAGGCUAGUGCUGCAAUUGAUGUCGCUUACAUCACUGGUACUACUGUUUUCAGAGGUGUCAUUGGUAACAUUCAAGAAGCUAAUGAAUAUUAUAUUGGUGUUAAAAAACAAGCUGUGAAAACACACGGCAACUCAAGUUGGUAUUUCUGGGAAAGAAACCAUGCACUAAACAGAGUUAGAGAUGGAAGAAGUACCACUGGUGAACCAUUAGUCUUAGCUGGUGGUUCAGUUCCAAUCAGAAUUGAAGGUGCUCCAGAUUUUGUUUUGGCUACAAUCACAAUUAGUGGAUUGAAAAAUCAUGAAGAUCACUAUUUAUCUCUUUCUGCCUUGAAGGCAAUUGCUGAGCAACAACAACAAGAAAAAUAG